AUGGCGUCCGAAUCAAGUAAUCUUACAAGCAUAUUUAAACAAGCGCUCUCUUCUGCUGUUAACUCUCUCUUUCCUGAGAUUGAAAGCGUAAAACAAGAACAAGAAAAAGCUAUCUUUGAAAUUUUGAAAAGGCGAGAUGUUUUUGCGGUUUUGCCGACUGGAUACGGCAAAUCUUUCGUCUUCCAAGUCCUUCCUGUUUUGACCGAAUUGCUGAACUCAUAUGGACUUCAAUUCCCGAAAAAAGCAAUAAUAAUUGUUUUGUGUCCACUUACUUCGCUCGUGGAGUCUCACAUCGAUGAAUUGAAGAAACGUGGACUGAAUGCUUGCUCUCUAACAGGGGAAUGUGUCGACGAGAAAGGACUUAAAAAUGGCGACUACUCCUUUGUAUUCACAAGUCCUGAGUGCUUACUCAACGUCGAGAAGUGGCGAUCAAUGCUGAGAAGCGAAAUCUACCAAAGCAAUUUGUUUUGCCUUGUUACUGAUGAAGCUCAUGUCGUACCAAAAUGGGGCCAUGGUAAUGCUAAAGAGCGAAAGGCAGCUUUUCGUGAAAGCUUUGGACGAAUUGGUGAUUUGCGCUCACUCAUGCCUGUGGGAUCACCAGUACUUGCCCUAACAGCUACUGCCACAAAAGAGGUCACAAGAAAGACUGUGGAAGCUCUUGGUUUGAAAAACAAUUACAUGAAUAUUCGAGUCAGCCCUAACAGAUCAAAUAUUUUCCUAUAUAAAGAGCGCACCACAAAUGAUCUAUCCUGUUUCUCUUGGAUUAUUAAUUCAUUGAGGGAAACCAAGGAAAAGUCCCCUAAAUGUAUYAUUUACUGUAAACGUCAAGUGGACUGUGGAUAUUUGUAUCGACACUUCAUGCAAGAACUUGGAGAAAAUGCAUAUGUGACCAACACAUCCCAUGAGUCCAAAAAUAGUCUKAUUGGUAUGUAUCAUUCAAAAACUUUGCAAAAGCAAAAGGAUCGUGUCAUCAAUGAUGCACUUGAUGAAGAUGGCAUAUGUCGGGUUGUUUUAGCUACCACAGCUUUAGGAAUGGGUAUAAAUAUMCCAAAUGUAAGAUAUGUCAUCCAUUAUGGACCCCCAAAGGAAAUGGAUUAUUUUGCACAAGAAAUUGGCAGAGCAGGCCGUGAUGGCCUGGAUUCUAUAUCAAUCAUGUAUUACAGAGGGGCACAAACACACCGUUGUUCGAAGCAAGUUUUGGACUAUGCAAGAAAGGAGUCAGUUUGUCUUCGGGAACAACUUCUUGCUUCAUUUGAAGAGACUGUAGUUCCAAAUAAAGGAACCCACAAAUGCUGCAUGGUUUGUCACCUAUCCUGCAAGUGUGAGGAUGUAUGCCCUGUGCCAUUAUGGUCUCCUUCAAACAAGACAGCAGGUCCAUCCAAUGUAGAGGAAAAAAGAACAAGGAAAGUUUCAAAAGGAGACAGAGAACUUUUGAAGGCCCUGCUAAGUGAGUUUAAAACAAAACUGGCUAAUAAGUGCCCUUCCUAUUAUUUAACACCUGAGUCAACAACUGGAUUUAGUGACUCAGUGAUUGCUUCAACUGUAAAAAGUGCCAAGUAUAUUUUCACCUUUCAAGAUGUCUUAGAUUAUGUACCUGUUUUUUCAAAGAACCACGCAAUAGAGAUUCUCUUGAUUUUCAAUGACAUAUUUGAAGACAUACAGGUAGAUGCUGCAUUAUUGGAACAACAUACAGAGCAUCCAAUUGAUAUUCUGGAUUAUGAUCUGGAAUAUUGUGAAGAUUAUUUAUCAGACAGUUCAUAUGACAGUUCAAAUGGGUCUGAUGUAUCUAUGGAUUCAGUUUUAUCAGGAAUUGAUGUUCUACAAUAA